AUGGAAAGUCUUGGUACAGAUAUCAACUGGAACGAUAUUGGAAGUUCCACUGUUAAAGAACUUAACUAUGUCAUCCAGCAAAAGCAGAUUAAAAUCGAUGGUAAACCAACAAAAGGAAACCUCGUUAAAGCUUUAACGGAAUAUCGUGACAACGUAAUCAAAAGUGCAUCAGCAUCACCAGUUGUAAAGCCACAAGCAGCUUCACCACGUUCACCACCAAAAGAAGAAACAAACGAAUCUAAGCCGCCAGCUUCCCCUCGUUCUAAAGGCAGAGGGCGCAAGACAAAGGGUGAUGAGACACCACAGCGUACCGAGGAGCCUGCAAGAGAGCCAAGUCCAAAGGCUGCUUCUCCAGAGGCUCCAAUUACACCUGUUAAUGUUGUUCACGAGUCUCCAAGAGUACCAACGCCACCACGCCAGGUCAGCCCAUCUAUUGCUGAGAGAACAGCUUUGCCAAUUUCUAGCAAAAAAGCUAAAUUCGAACUUGCUUCUAUCUCUAAGACAGCACUCUGCAUCUUGCCAAUUCUUAUUAUUCUUGUUUUACUCUACUUUUUGGGUGCAGAACAAUAA